AAUAUGUCUAUGGCUUGAGCAGGCGAGAGUGAGAGCAUAUAGAAACGUUAAGAGGCGAGAAUGGUUGCUGGAGAGAGUCCUUAAAGUGAAGCAACUGUACACGAUGACCCAGAAGAACUCAUAGCUACCAAACAGAGCAGUGUUUCCCCUAUAUGCAACUAACAGCGGCGCACCGACGUUUACAAUUCUCCUCUGCCCUCUGUAUCGCGCACGGCGAAGUUUCGCCCCGAUGCGCACACACACCCACACACACACACACAGACAAAGCGCACACACACAGGUGAGCACACUAGAGCACGGCUCGAGCCGCAUUUUCCUGACCGAAGGCGACCCGUCCCGAGUCCGAGACAAUUAUAACCGAGCACAGCACUAAUUAGAGCUUAGAUCGGGCCCAAAAAAAUAAGUCCGGGACCGGCCGGCCUGUCCAAUUAACUGUAAUUAACGGCCCGAGCCCUAUUUAAACCCGACAUUUUUCAAUAAGUUGGCUGUUAUAAUUAACGCUAAGGACACACCGAGCGCGUUAGUGCCGCGGAAGUCCUGCGAGUAUACUCGCUGGCGCUUGACUGUCCACACAGGCAGCGCAUUUCUCCUGCGCUCUCCGUGUCGGUGAAACAUAGACUCCACUCGUUCCCGUCAGUGCUCGUUUUUUCACUUAAACAGGUCAUUUUAAACAUGGGAAGCCUCUUCAGAAAUGAUGAGGAGCUCAGGAUAGUGAUGGUCGGGAAGACUGGAUCUGGGAAGAGUGCCUCCGGAAACACGAUUCUGGGACGAGCGUGCUUUGAAUCCAAGUUCAGUUCAAAGUCUAUGACUGUCGACUGCUCUAAGGGCAGAGGUGAGGUGGACAAGCAACGGGUUGCAGUCAUUGACACCCCGGGCCUGUUUGACACCAGGUUUGGCUCCACUAAAACAACUAAAGAUUUAUGCCAGUGCAUCUCUUACAUUGCUCCUGGACCCCACGUGUUCCUGGUGGUCAUCAGGCUGGGCAGAUUCACUGAGGAAGAAAAGCAGACGGUGCAAAAGAUUGAAGAAAUCUUUGGCCAGGCGGCGAACCAGUACAGCAUGGUUCUCUUCACUGGUGGUGACCUCAUUAAAGGCACCACUAUGGAGGAAUUCUUGGGUGAAAGCUCAGAGCUUCAAGAACUCGUGGCCAGGUGUAACGGCCAGUACCACGUCUUCAACAACGAGCUGAAGGAUCGCUCUCAGGUCACUGAGCUGCUCCAGAAGAUCAGAAACAUAGUCCAGAAGAACGGAGGAAGCCACUACACCAGCGAGAUGUUCCAGGAGGCUGAGAGGGCAAUCGAAGAGGAGAAACAACGCAUCCUGAAAGAGAAAGAAGAACAAAUGCAGAAAGAAAGAGAAGAGCUGGAGAGGAAGAUUCAGGAAAAAUAUGAAAACCAGAUGAAGAAAAUAUACGCUCAAUUCCAGGCUGUCAGAGACAGGGAGAGGAGGGAGAGAGAUGAGGAGAGGAUGAGGCAGAAGCAGGAGGUGACUGAGGAAAGAAUGAGGUUUAUGGAAGAGAGAGAAGCAGAGAGAAAAGAAAAGGAAAGGGAGAUGAAAAACCUGCUGAGUAAAAUAACUGAACAGCAAGAAAGAGAGCUGAGAGAGGAAAGAAAUAAGCUGCAGAACAAGUAUGAAAGUGAGGCCCGAGAAGAAGCUGAGGGUAUUAAUCCGUUAUAUCCUCUGGUGGUAGUUGGUAAAUGUAUAGUUAGAGCGGUUGACAAACUUGGAAAGGCAAUUGGGAGCUGGUUCGCGUGAGCGGUCCCAGAUUCAUGUGUUGACCACAGAGGGACCUCCAGAAGCUCCAACACACAAGAACAUAUGAGAAAAAUAAAACUUCAUACACAGUUUGAAAUAUGAACCUUAUUUUAUUUGUUGAAGUAGAGCUAUGUAGUGCAGGUUACGAAGGCUAAGUGACUCAUCAUAUCAUUGUCUCAAACCGUCAUGCAGUUUUCUUCUAACAUUUUUCUCUUAUUAUAUGACUUAAGGCAGGGGUCUUCAACGUUUUUCAGGCCAAGGACCACUUCGCUGAAAGAGAGACACAGCAGGAACCCCUGACUACAUAUACCAUCUAAAUAUUUUAGUGUCUUCUCUUGUUUGCACUCGCCUGUAGCUGAUAUGUUAGCAGCAGAUUCUGAAUGCACAAGGAUGCUGCACAACUUAUUACUUCUCCGACUGUGAAGCAAAACAUAGAGGGUCACAUUAUUAAAUAACCUAAAGUUUGUGGGCACUAUAUACUGCUGUGUGUCUGUGUGUGUUUGCUAGCUGCUAGGUUGCUCAUCUGACAGCUGCUACUCUGCCGUUAUUUCCUUCAAUGCUUACAUGAUCAUGGCAAGAGCUAUUGGACACAUCAUACAGACAAGGCAUCUGCUGCCACAACUCCACAAGGUUUUCCUCUCUACUUUAAAAGUGCA